AUGAUUUUUACCCUGCUAGAUGUAGAGCUUAUUAAUUGGUCUUCCUAUAUUUUCUUAUUUGCAGAAGUGGUGUGGGAUUUUCUGAAGCGAUUACGAAUCAAAGUUGGUGAUGUCCCAGACCCAGUAUUUGGUGAUGUGAAAAAAAUUUUGACAAAGGACUGUGUGCACAUGUUAUAUCUCCAGUACGUUCGUCGUGAAGGGACAGAUCCCCCUGUGUACGAGUUUUCCUCCGGGCCUCGAGCAGAUGCAGAAAUUCCAAAGAGAAAGCUUCUGGAAUUUGUUUGCAAGUCCCCUAAAAGAGGCUCUGAGGUGCAAACAAUUCACUUCGGACGACGACGUCAAGCAGUGUGUGUUGAACUCAUUCACAACACAGCCCCAGGAAUUUUAGGAGACAGCAGUUCACCACCUGUGUCGCAAUGGGACAAGUGCCUCAACAGCCAGGGCCAGGUGUACGGCAACAGUGAGAGCGACUGGCCAGUGCAGGCAAAGCAGCUGGAGCAGGCGGAGCAGGCAGACAGUGCGGAGGGGCAGAGGCUGUCGCAGUU